AUGCCACCGAAAAGGGUAAAGAGUGGAAAUGUGUCAGGCUCGGCUGCAGCGACCCAAAAUAAAACUUGGGAAAGUGGCCUUGUUGCAGCACCUUUUGAGGAGGACACCUGGAAGGCGGACAUUUCUCUGGUGGUGGGCGAAAGAUGGGAGGACGAGGACAGCAUCAAAGCCCUCCUCUUAGCAGCGCAGUUACCAGCGCGCAGGUUGUUCAGUGUUAUCACGUGGGACGCCACGCUCGAGAAGAUCAAUGAACUGGGAAAUCCAAAAUCCAAGAAACCUAAGGACGUGCCCAUUUUUUAUGAGGUGAUGGAGUCAGCCAAGUCUGUCCUGGACGCGGGGGAAGAGAUCCCCUCUCACCUCCUGGGCAAGCUCAUCAAGUUCCAGCUCCUGGUCAUCAAAGCCAACGACCAGCAGAGGAGAGCCGCAGAGCAGAGGCCUGCUGAAGACAAGGCCAAGGGCAAGACCAGAGCCCCCUCUGCUCUCAAAGACAAAGGAGGAGCCGCUAAGCAUGCUGGGAAGGGGGACAAGGGGAAGAAACAGUCCGAGCCAGCCCUUCCGGCAAAAGAGACCAAGCUGAAACGCAGAGGGGAGGGGGACGAAACCAGCAAGUACAUUGAUGACGAGCCGGAUGACGGACCUCAACACUACGUGCUGAUAGUGGGAUUCCACCAGCCUCAGCUGAUCGCUGUCCUGGACACGCUUGGCAUCCACGUGUCCAAUGUCGUUAAGGUGUCCUCUGAGAUCUACGGCAAGCUGGAGGUGCCCCAGGAAACCUCUGUGCAGGAGACUGGUGAAGGUCGGAGUCGAAUGCAGGAUCAGCUGGACCGGUUCUGGAAGUACCUGGAGGCGGUUCUAAAGAGCGGCCCUCCCCAGUCCAAACUCUUCAACGUGGCCCGGCUGAAGUACACCGUGAAGGAGGAGAUGCUGCCCCAGGACAGAGAGAGCAGUGAGGCCAUGCUGGCGUUUGGAAUGCGUGUGUUUGAGGGUGUGGCCUGUCUGAUCUACGACUGCCUGGACUGGAGGAGGCAGCACCAGCACUACCUGAGCAGUAUGAGGCUGAUCCCGGUCCCAACUGUCACCGGGGGUGACGUCACGGGCCGCCAAGUAGGGACCGCACAGUCCAGGGCUGCAGCAGCUCCCCAGUCGUCAGCAUCCCGGAGGAAGACGAUUGCAGAGGAUCCCAUGCCUGCCCGGUCUCCAUUACUGACCACAGAGGUGGACAUGCACUACUACAGAGACCUGCUGGAUCUGAUCCCCCCAGAGGCCGUGUCUGUACCACUCAUCCUGCACUGCAUGCUAGAACAGGUGGUUGCAACUGAAGAGGACAUCCCUCCUCCGUCCACAGUGAGACCAGAGCCGCGAGCGGAUGGGCUGGACCAUAAUCUGGCUGAGCACAUGGUUUCCUCCGCACUGAGCCUGAAUCUGUCUGAAGAGGAGAAGAAGGCACUGAUGGAACAUUUCGGGGUUGAGGAGCGCGGUCAGAAGAAGAAAGAGUCCCAGCGCCCCCUGCUGCUCAGCUAUCAUGAUGAGAGGAGCAUGAGACUUCACCAGCUGCCGGUGCAGGGCGGUUUUGAUGCAGUCAAAGUGGAAGAUGAGAUGCUGAGGAACAGCCCUCUGUGGAGAGCUGUCUGUUCUGCUCAGCCUCACAGUGAGAGCAGGAGGAGACUGGCCAGAAUGCAGGAGCUCGUCCACUUCAGCACAGACGAGUCUCUGAGCUGGGUGGAGGUGGAAAGGGCCUUCCAGCAGUUUGUGUUUGAAAGCAUGCAGCUGACGGAGGUGGAUGAGACGGGACUGCUAACAGAGGCGGGGUCACAGGAAGCGCCUCCGGUGCCCUGGAACGACCCAGUCUCAUUCCUACAGCACAUCCGCACACGGGACAGAGAUGACCUCACAAACGGAGAGGAAAGGGAGGAGCGCCCAUUGAACAACGUGAAUACAUCGGAGAUCAGAGGAGCUCGGGUUCGAUCUCUGAGAGACUGGCAUUUCGCCGAGCACCAUGAUCCCAAUGUGUUCCCACAGAUUCUACAGGAGGCCUCUGAGAUGCAUGGCUGUGUGGACAUGCUCAGUGGUAUCCAGGACAAUGUUCUGUUUGUGGUGUGUCACAAUCCCAUGAGCCUGCAGCGACAGAGCAAGGAACUCUGGGAUAUAGCUCUCCACACUGACGUUGGUUUCAGGAAUUACCUGGAGCAUGUAGCGGACUCCAUCUCUGACUGGACGAGCCAGGAGGAGGUGAAAUGGAGAGCCCUGCAGGAGCAGAGAGAGGCGGAGCGUGUGAGGGCAGAGACCCCCUCUGAGCAGUCAGAGAAAGGAAAGGCAGAUACCCCCAGGAAGAGGAGCAGGGCAUCUCCCAGGAGGUCAGCAGCCCUGGACAUACACAUACGGCAGGACUCUCUAAAGACAUGGAAGAUAGAGCAGGACAGACUGCGGGAAGAGGAGCUCAGCAAGAAAGCCAAGAAGGAGAGGGAGGGGAAAGGGACGUCGAAGGGAGGAGAGCGUUCGCAGUCUUCCAGGGGGAGCAAGAAAACCCCCUCCGCCACCAGGAGGAAAAGGGAGGGAACCCCGAAGACCCCCGAUUCUGUAGCGCCCCCUGAGGAUGGGAGGACAGAACUGCAGCCACCCAAGGAUGAACCCAAGGGAUUCACUGGCUACAGUGUGGGGGGAGACCUGAUCCAGGUGUGGGGUCAAACCCAGUCCCUGUUCCCCUCAGAUGGAGGACGCAUCCGAGUGGAAACUGUGCACUUUAUCCAGGGUUCAACGCUGGUCAAAGUGUGUGUGAUUAAAGACAAGCAUCACUUCUUCACCCACAUCACGGAGCCCAAGAGGAGCUCGGACGAAAAGGAGGAUGACAUCACCUCCGGGACAGGAGGAGAGAGUCAGAAGGGAAUGAGGAGUGUGAGUAAGUUUGGCUCCUUCUCUGCCGUGCUGGAUAACGGCAUCCGUCUCUCCUUCAGUCACCACGGCCCCUCGGGAGAAAGCAGAGAGGAGAGAGAUGCCACUUUGGCCUCUGUGCUGAACAUCCCACCACCCUCCACCCCCUCUCCCGCCCCCUCCAGUGCCACCUCACCCUCCCCCACUGGGAAACGCCUCAAGUCCUCACACUCCAAAGCAUCCCGAACAAAAGGGUCCACUCCCCCCGCUGUCCUGACAGAGAAGGGUGGCACCAAAGAACAAGAAGCACAGGAGGUAUUACAGAAGCCUGUGGGAAUGGAGAAUUCCGCCAUCUUGCCGGAGCCCCGGCCCGGUUUCCAGCGCUUGAACGCGUCCGCCCCCAAUGGCCUGCUGCUGCAGUUCCUCAGUGAGGGGAGCACCAAAGCUUACGGGGUGAUGGUGAGGCAGAGUUUCCCCACUCUGUGGCACGGUGUUGCAGGGAGGAGAGAGCUGCCCCUUGCUCUGGAGCGGUCCAGAGUCAUCACCAGCCAGGGCACAGUCAUCAAAUACAUGAGAGAUGGCUCCACUGAGGUUCUAUUUCCUGAUGGCACAGUCAGUAACAGCCCUGACUGCAGGACAGCUAAUCAUCCGUCCACCAACACCCCCACUCCGCAGGAAGAGCCUGUGAAAGAUCAAAGGUCGCAGGGCAAAGAUGCAGUGGAGAAAAAGGGGAAGUCUUCCAGCCUGAGUACUGCGGAUGUGACGAAGACAGAGGGGACCGAGCAUGCCGAGUCUGACCACAGUGCCGGCCAGGGUGGGGCUGUGCAAGCACAGGAGAGAACCUGGGUCACCACCACGCCCUCAGGAAUCAGGGUGGCCACCCCUGACGAUAGGGCCAUCGACACCCGGCCACUGCUGGCCUACAAAGCCACCGAUCCCCUCACUGGAGCCGUACUGAUCACUAGAGAGGACCAGGUCCUCACUGUGCUGGAGAAGGAUGAGAGGGGAGAGGAGAAGGUUGUAGUGGAGCACGCUGAUGGUACCAGAAUCACCACCUUCUACCAGCAGGCUGAGUUCCAGAACCACCUGGGGACAGGAGAGGAAGUCCCCACCAUGACCAGGAAGCAGAAGAUGGUGAGGGUGGAGUGUGCGGGGUUUGCCGCCGUGGUGACGAACUGUGAGGAGAGGACCUGCACAGCUGUGUUUGGAGACGGGACCGUCAUCACUGCCGCACCUCAUGGAUCCUACCAGGUGUUCCCCUCAGGAGCCGGGCUUCUCCGCAUCGAUAAGGACGGCAACACCACGUACACCUCCCACCCCAGCCACGGCGCUACACUGACCUCUGCUGGCAGCAGCCUGGAACUGCAGCCUGGCACCUACAUGAUGAGACACACUGCAGACAUCAUUUGCGAGGCGGUAGAUCCCGAGGGGAACCUGUUUCAGGUGCACAUGCCUACCUGCGUUAUAUAUAAAGAGCACUCUCCUAGGUUCUUCAUCAUUCACGAGGAUGGCUCCGGCACCGAGCUGCUGCAUUCGCGGGACGUAGAGGACUUCCUGUGCGGGGUGCACUCUGACCCUGCCGUUGCUGUCCUCAAGGAGCCAAUCCCAGAGCUGCUUGGUGUGUGUGGGGUAACUGUGUUGAAGCCCUGCCCUGAGGACAUCUGGUCCCGCUGGCUGACCCAGAAACAGAGCGAUGACAUAAUUCCUGCUAACCUCAAGUCCAGGAAAUGGGACAAAUUCCCCUCUGUAGAGAGGAAGACGCCUGGGCCUCCAUUUGGCACAUCCCUCGGGAGGGGCCUUUACCUGAACGAGAGGACUGCACCCCCACCUCCAGCACCUGUGCUCACCUGUCCUGAGGUGCUGGAGGUUCGGCAGCUCAUUCAACACCAGCCAAUCAGCAGCCAGCUGCGCAGGAAGUUAGAAAAGCGGCUGAAGGGGUACAUGGAGCACCUGUUCGAGCGGGAGCACUUAUGGCAGGAGAUGCAGGUGAAGGAGCCCCGCACCGAGGAGGAGAGGGUCCAUGCCACCGACCUGCUGCAGCUGGUCCUGUCCCUCCCAGAUUGUGACAGCCCUGCUGACAUCAUGCAGAGGAGACUGAGCACCGCCUUGCUGCCUGACAGCGAUACUUCAAAGGGAUCUGAGACGGACCUGGAGGCUGACAGCUGCAGUGAAGAGAAAAAGGAGUCACUGUGGGCAAGCAGGAUAGAACAGUACAGGCAGGAGCUACGAGAGGCGGAGAUGUGUCGAGCUGCACUGAGGAACAGGGUCAUCCUGCCGUACUUCCACUCUGACAUAGGGAAGCCAUUCGCCCUCACUGAGGAAGCAACUGUGGGAGCACACGGUCCCCCCUCAGUGCAGAGAGAGGGGGGCUCUGGGAGUUGGAGGUCGCCGACGGACGCGGCUGGAAACCCUCACAAGGAGAGGCUGAGGCUUCCCUCUGCCAUCCUCAGCGGCAAGCCCAGCAGCCUGCCCAACCAGAAGUUCCUGUCAGUGGAGGAGCCGGUCAGGAGGAAGGUGCGGACAGUGUCUGUGGCAGGAUCGCAGUCCAUCGGGCUCCUACCAAACGCCACACGGGGGUUCCAGCUCCUCCCCGCAGAGGUGGAUUUUGGGGUGCUGAGGGAGGGGCAUGCCUACCGUGUCCCCGUAGUCAUGAGGAAUGUGGGGGUUGACUCCUGUAGAUUCACUGUGAAACAGCCUCCUCCUGCCACCGGGCUGAAGGUCACAUACAGCCCCGGUCCUGUGGCUGCAGGUAUGAAGACUGACCUGCAGGUGGAGCUGUUCGCCAUCGCCGAUGGAGAGGGACCUGUCACACAUUACAUCCAGAUCCAGACAGAGACUGAAAUCCUCUACCUGCCCGUGUCUGCAACAGUCCUCCCAGCAGACCUGUAUGACAGCACAGCUGAGGAAGGAGGGGCCAGAGGAGCACUGGGAAGGGUCAAGGUUCAGGUGGGUGGGGCUAAAGUCCAGCUAGUCUCCACCCCCUCUGUGAGGCAAGGCAUCAUGCGGCCACGCAGGAUAAUGUUUACGAGCGACAUGGUGGAGAGGAACAUGGACUCGGUAGAGCUGAAGGCGAUUCCUGCCUCAGGUCUUAGGUGUACAUUAAACUUUAUUUACACCUCCCAGCUGAGCUGGGACUAUGACAGCAUCGAGGACGUGCUUUUGACUUCCACACACCUGCAAGUGGCGGAGCUGACCGAAUGCUGCGCGCAGAUCCUCCAAGAAUCCCUCCGUGUGGACAACGUAUUCGAAAUUAUGUCUCUCUCCGAAAGGUACAACCUGUCAGCGUUAAAAUCGGAGUGUCUGGCAUUCAUUUCGCAGAAUCUGGACGCGAUUCUGAAGACGCGUGAGAGCUCGCUGUUGCAAAUCGACUGGGAGAGCUUUUUGGGAGUCCUGAGGAGAGAUGACGUCAGCCCGCAGGUUUGCGAAAGCAGCAUUCUGGAGCUCGCCAUGAAAUGGCUAAAUUAUGAUUUGGGAAGCAGGGAGUCUUACACUGGGCAGCUGAUGAAGGAGAUCCGUCUCGGUCUGAUCUUUCCGUCGGACGUGGACUACGAUUCGGAGGAGGAGUUGUGCUCCUCUGCCGAGCUCCUGAGAAAAACGGUACCGGAGGGCGGAAGUUACCUCCGCAUGCUGCGGAGAGAGGACCUGCGCUUUCAGACUGACAACACCUUUCAGAACUGGUUCAAGAUCAGGUCCACAAGGAAAGGGGUGCUGGCAACCUGCGGUAAAACCACAGGGAGUCUGGAAUGCGGAGAGAUCAUGGCAAGAGAACGUAUGGAUUCCUGGGAGACGCUUAGUCGCCGGAAGGGGAUGUAUAACCAUUGCACUGUGGUUCUAAACGAUUUCCUCUACCUCAUAGGGGGUCAGAACUCCUGGUUCAAUGAUAACCACGACGAGGAGGCCGUGGCAUCGGUGUGGAGGUUCGAUCCGCGUUUCAGGAGGUGGACGCAGCUGGCCGAUAUGAAUGUUCGGAGGCGGCGGUUCCACUGCAGUGCUCUCGGGGGGGCAAUUUAUGCAGUGGGAGGGCGAGGAGAGGGCGGCCUGCUGUUCUCCGCCGAGCGCUACAGCCCCGUCCACGACACGUGGACGCACAUCCGCGCCCUGCCCCGCCCCCUGUCCAGCCACGCCGGCGCUGUCCAUCAAGACCUGCUCUACAUCUGUGGGGGCUCUUCUGGUGAGGUGUUCUCGGACUCGCUGUACCGGUACAGCCCCGACCGCGAUGAGUGGACGGAGCGAGCGCCACUCCGCCACGCCCGAGGCUUCCACAGCAUGACGGCCGUGGGAGACAAGAUCUAUGUCAUCGGCGGAGUGGUGAUUGGGCGAGGUGGUGGUGGCGGAGCCGGCCGCUCCUACUCAGACCUCCUCGUGACGGAGUGUUACUCCCCCCAAGCCGAUCAGUGGACCGAGCUGGUCCCCCUGCCCGCGGGGCACAGCCAGCACGGAGCCUGCGCCCUGGGCUCAACCAUCUACAUUCUGGGGGGGUUCUCCUGGACGGCAGAGGGCUUCCUCAGCACCGUCCACCUGUACGACACGCUGGCGGACGCCUGGAGCGCGGGCCCCGCCCUGCCGCGCCCCCUGGUGGGCCUCUCCAGCGCCGUGCUCACCAUCCCCCAGGGACUGUGCAGCACGCCGGACGGCGACGUCACGUCAGAGCCCAUGGAGUGACGCCUCCGAAGGCUGGGAGCGUCUUUGCUUUCUCACACACAGCGCCUGCAACGCCAAAGCCCGGCCACACGGGGGUGCUGUGACUGGGAAGCGACAGUCCAGGUGUUACUGUGUCGCUGCUCGCCUCACAGCCCAGCAUAAGCGGCCCAGUGAGCUGUGGAGCCGUUCACCCUGGGGUCCAGUUACAGUGACCGCUCACCUCACCGAAGCUCUGGGUAUUCAUGACUGCUGCACGUUCGCAGUCUGUAUCAGGUGCAGAGCUUCUGAAGGACUCCUCUUUCCUUUGAGAGAGCUCAUAUUGAACACUCAUGUAUCAUAUGUUAUCCUAAAGCAAGCCCACGUUGUUGCUGCUGCAGUAGCUGUGCCCAGUUGUCCAGUGUGAAUGGAUCACUGCGUUCCACACAGCUGCCCUGUUCCCUGACUGAUCUCAGAUCAGUGACCAGUAGGUAUCCCAGUUUUCCACAGUGAACAUAUUUCAAAAUGUGUUUGAAAUACACAGAAUUAUGUAUUUUUACACACUGAGACAAAAUGAUUUUUGAAGCAGAUACAAAUGCUAGUUGAUCACAGUUUGUCAGUGAGCUUGGGUAAUAACUAGGCCUGUUGAAUACAAAGAGCUGCUGUAAUAGGAGAGCAAUUCAGCACACUCCUAACAGUUUUCUGCUGUUUGCUUUACUGCACUGUGUUCUGACAUUUCACUUACACUCAUACGGAAAAGGCUUUUUAUCGAUUUGUUGCAUCAUAUUUCACUUGACUUUUUUUCCUUUUGGGCUUUCCAGUGGUGUUGCUAUGGUGACCUGUUGUUCAGACCGGUGAGGUUUCUAUACAACACAGCCUCACUUGCAAGAAGCCACAACACUAAAGCUCUGACCAUAUUUAUAUUUAUCUUCACUAAUACUAUACUGAGGUCUUUAUUCCACAUGUGAAUAAAUUAAUGCAGAAAAAUAUAUGCGUGGAAAAAUAUACACUGAGAAAUUUACUGUACGAGUGUGUUUCUGACCUGCACUGAGACCGAUACGCUGAGCAUUAAAUGUUAUAUUCUAAAUAUAUGCUAAAUGAGUGUGGAAUUAUAAAUUAUCUUUA